GUUUUUUACUGAAAUAUGUUAGUGGAAUGUCUCUUCUUUGAAUCCCAUUCAUGUAUAUAUCACACACGUUUCAGAUCCAUACACCAAAUUAUAUAUCUUAACUAUUCCCCCCUCAACAAAUGAUCAAUAAAAAGAAAUCAUAAACAAGCCAUUAGACAAUGUAAUAGAGCAACCAGAAAACUUCUCCAAGCAAUUCAACGAAAGAAUCGAUUAAAAGUGUCAAUACUCAAGUCUAGCAUAUAAGGACCGCCAUUGCACGCAGCAAACUUAACCAUGAUGAUUUGAGGUUACUAUUUCAUCACCCACCUUUGUAGCACUUCAACAACUCUUCUCUUCUUGUUUUUUCGUCCCUUCAAUUUUCUACCCCCUCCAUCUAAAAAGUACUCCUCUCUUUGGGCCUCUCCCUCCCCCUUUUAUAGGCACUAAUUAGGAUUUUUCUUCUUAAUGAUAGAAUCAAUCAUAACCAUACCAAAUCAAAUUAUUGAUAAUUUUCAUUUGACUUUUGCCUUAAUUAUUUCAUAUUUUUAUAUUUUAUCCUUAAUUAAAACAAAUUACAAUCAAGACGUAAUUAUUUCAAAUUAGAAUUUGAUUAAUUUGACUUGUCAAAUUUUUUGAUUUUCGUUUAAUUAAGUCAAAUUUAAUGGGAAUAUAAUUGAGGGGAUUUGAGUUCAAUAACAAAGGAAUAUUAUUAUUUUUUAAAUUACAAAAGCCCUUUUUAUUCUUUUAAUUUUAUUUAUUUUAUUUAUUAUAUUUUUAUUAAUUUUUAAUUUACAUUUGAAAGCUCAGAUAAAAUAUAGUAUUCACAAAUCUAAAUACCAGACAUCAUCCAAUCUUAUUAAAAUUAUAAAAACUAAAACACUAAAAAAAAUUAUAAAAAUUAAAAACAAAAUAUUAUGAAAUUAUGGGAACCAUUGAUUUUAUAUUUUCUAAAAUAUUUUUCCCUCAAAUUUAAGUUCUAGGUGCCAGGAUCCAACAAAUUAAAUCAUUAAAGUUCAUUUUUACUCCCCCACUCCCCCCCCGCCCUCAACCCCCAAAAAAACAGAGAGAGAGAGAGGGGGGGGGGCGUCGAGCACGACCCCCUUUUGACCCUCGACGUGGCAGGAAUACAAGAAACUAUGACGAGCUCACUUUCGACCCCAAGCACACUUAGUGCCAGCUCCACCUCCCCCUACAAGACCACCAAAUUCUGCUUCGCCGAACAAGGCAACGCCUUUCAUAAUUUCUUUUUUGUAUUCUAUUGCUCUUAGGCCCUAAUGCGUUGUCUCUGAUAUAUGAUGUGUUGCUUACAGAUUUGACAACAUCUCAAGUGGUAAACUGGGGUGAGAUCGUUCCAAUUCAAUGCGCUAGCUCACGUAGUAAUAACAAUGGUAGGUUCGACAGCUCUCGCAUCAGAACCAAAUGCAGAAGUAUUUUCAUGGCUAAAAUCUCUUCCUCUCGCUUGAGAGUACCCCUAGCUUGGCUGAGUUCCAAGAUCCCAUUUCAUACACUUCUAAGAUCGAAAAAGAAGCUUCCAGGUAUGGAAUCUACAAAAUUGUCCCCCCUGCCGCCUUCUUCUGAAAAGACAGCAUUUGCGAAUCUUAAUCGCAAUGAAACCAUGUCGUGUCCAAGGAUACUCUCGAGAGAGAGAGAGAGAGAGAGAGAGAGAGAGAGAGAGUGAUCACGGUGAAUUUCAUUGCCAGAAGUUAAAUUGAGAUACUCGGGUAGGUCAUUUUGGAGAAAGUAAGACUUGGGGUCAUGGGAGCCAUCAAUUUCUGGGUUUUUUAGCAUCACUGCAUCGUCUCUUUGGUGCACUGAAAGUUCCUAAAUCAUUCAUUACGCAAGGCGCAAAGUGAAACCAAAAUAUAUGCUCGAAAAGUAAGGUUUUCUACUUUUUCCGGAACCAACGUUGUAAUUAACUAAUUAUUUAUAAAUUUCAUCAUGACUGGUCCCAUGUUUUUGCAAGAUAAGUACAGUGAACCUGGGUUGAAAAACAAAAGGAACCUCGAAAGAACAACUAAAGGUGGUGUGUCUUUACUAGAAGACAAAAAUUUAAGGUGAGGUCUUUACUAGAUUCAAAGCUUGAAACAAAGGCUGGUGAAAAUAAGAUUGUAUUGGAGCUGAAAACAGAGAUAGUGACGAAUCUGAAUUGAGAGAAGAACUGACGACUUGAUAGUUCGAAUGGCAAUGAAGACCUGAGUGUUCAAACAGAGUGAAUCGCAACCGAGUAAAGUGAAGGAAGAAGUGAAGACUGGACGUGAAUGGGAGAUUGCGGACAACUGUUGAAUGAGCCAAGUCAGAUUGUUAUGGGCCCCAGGGCAUAACGCAUCACCAAAAAACAGGAUACUUAACGACUUACAGAAUGUGAUUUUUGCUUCUUAAAAAAUUAGUUCAUGGGUAUAAUUGUCCCUAGGUGUCCAGUACUUUUUAAAAAAAUUUAAAGAUAAAAAUGAACAUUAAUCAUAAAUUAAAUAAUUUCAUAACUUCAUAAUUAAACAUAUCACUCUAUAUUUUUUUAUAUCUAUUAUAAUUUAUUUUCAUAUUUUGCUUUAGUUCAUAUAUAAGCGGAGUAGUUGUAUAUAUGGUAAUGAGAACGAAUCCACUGAACUUAUAAUCUGUUUGAGAUACAGAGAAGUUGCACUUAAUGUGUUCCUUUUCUUGUAAUUUCUAAAAACUUCCUAUUCCUAAUUAGUUUCUUAUACAGAUGAAGUUGUGAUGUCCAAAUUCGGAGGGUCUAUACCCAUAGUUUCAUCACUGAAUUAGUUUCUCUCGGAUCAUACUAUUAAUUAGUUGGAACUUGUAGUAAGCUGUGUAAUCAUGAACAUUGAAAAUUAUCGAUGAAUAACUGCUCCCUCCUAUAUUGUUUGCUUGGAGGAGGAGUUUUAGGAUCCUUUUUAUAAGAGACACUAUGUAUAUUCAUUAUCUAUUAAAUUUUUUUCUUUUUAUCCUAUUCUUCUUUUUUUGGGCCAAAUACCCUUAUUCAAUGCUAGUGUAGGAAAGUAACAAGUUUUUUUUAAUAAAAAUGUAUUUAAUAUGAAUAAAGUUAAAAAUUUAUUUAAAUUUUAAACAAAUUAAAAUUACUGAAUGCUAAGGUUUUUUUUUUAUUUCAAUUAAAAUAUUGUAGGUGACUUGACGGGCUUUACCAUAGAAUUUUAAAUUUUAAUUCUACUAUAUAUUUUUAAAGUUUGAAUUUAAGAUCACUGGUUAUUAAGAUACAUAAAACAACUUACCCAUUGAUCGGCGGGGGGUAGUGGGUAGAUAAUCUUCAACUAACCCCGCAAUAUUCAAAAUUCCUAUUUAAGGGACAUGGAGUAACACCGAUAUCCCCAACCAUUUGUCUUCUCACAUUACAAGUUUUAUUUUCUGAGCAAUCUAACUAGAAAGAGAGAGCUAGAGAUGUCUGUGGCGAGUAGCCUGGAGGCUGAUGUUGAACUCAAGACUUCAGCUUUGAAGUUUCUUGAAAUAUUCUCGACCAGAAUAUACGAGCUUGUCACUGUGUCACCAGACACUGUACAAAGCCUUGAAAUUGUUGAAGGUGAAUGGGGCACUGUAGGCUUCGUCUUCCUCGCUCACUAUACCCUGGAUGGGAAAGCCCAGGUGGUUAAGGAGGUGGUGGAAAGUAUAAACAUAACAGAGCUAUCAAUCACAUUCAAAGUGAUGGAGGGAGAUCUGUUGGAGAUAUACAAUAGCUUCAAGUUUGUUUUGAAAGUGACUGCGAAUGUUUUGUCGGGAAGCGUUUUGCAUUUGACCUUGGAAUAUGAGAAGCCGAGCACAGACACUCCAGACCCAACCUCCUUGCUGGAAGCUGUUAUUCAAUUGUCCAAAGACGUCGACGCUUAUGUUGGCAACCUCAUCUAGCCAUUCAUUAAUUAUUUGACGUUGCUUUCUUGCUUAUUGUCAGCUUUGCCCUGCCUGAUCAAGUUUGUGUGUCCAAUAAAAUUUUACUUCGUCAGCUCCUCAUAUCGACGAUGCGUGUAUCUUUGGUAUUGUGCUCUUUAGGAAGAACAAUCAAAUAAUUCAAAGAAUUAUGCGUGACUCUAUAUUCUGAAUGAUUUUUCAAAUUUAUUUUAAUUUAAUUUCA